CUAUAAUUCUCCGGUACAACAGACGAUGAUAUUGCCGAUAUUCUUCGAUAAUCAUAAUAACACUGAUUAGAUUUAAGGGCUUCCAUCCCUCCCAUCUGUUGCUCAUCACACUCCUCAAUAUGCGAAUUAUUCAUUCGAAAAACGUCUUUCGUUUAUUGUUUAUCUAAAAGUGAUGAAAUUACUGGGUUGAGACGAGUGUUGAGGUCUUUUUGGAAACAACCAACCGUCCUCACUUCCAAGAGUAUGAUCCACCGCGAGGUAACCAAUGAAUAAAAUCCUCCAGAAAGUAUCUGAGAGAGAAGUUGGCUGUGAAUUUCCCACAAAUAACCUAGAAAUCCUAAACUUCUACGGUACUGAGGCCGGAUUCAUCUGGAACGAGGACAAACUCCUGAUAUUUCCCUAUCACCCAGACUCCACGUCUGACGAGGAAGUGCAGAUAAUCGACUCAGGCCCUCUAAAGUCCCAUAAAUUAACAGCUCCAAAGCCCAUCAAAACCAUCUGCAGUUACUCAGGCCGAGUGUUCAUCGUUUGCGAGCCGACAGGGAUCUACAAGCUCUCGGACAAGUACAAAUUCGUGGUCCUCAGUACAACUGGGAUAGGGCUGGGCUGCGAGGUGCACCAGGUGCUCACCCCCACAAGGGGCUGGCUCUAUCUAGCUGACAAAAUAACAAAAAAAUCAAAACACUUGUUUCAACUGUCUGAGAAUGUAAACUAUCGGGAUUACGAUGGGGUGAUUGUCUACGACUUGAGACAGAUAUUGUUCUGUGCCAGUGGUGAUGAUGAUAAUAAAUCCUGCUUGAUCACCAGUGGAAAGAAACUUUACAAAUUGAUUGAUGAGAGAGUGACGAUUAUUCACGUGGAGAGUAAUUUUAUCACUGACAUUCUAGCCGUUAAGAGAGACCAAAGAGACUUUGGUGUGGGGUUGAUUACUGAGGGUAAUUAUCUCGUUUUAUUACUGCCAGAUGAAGAUACGAGAAAGCUGAUGCCCUUGAGGAAGUUGUGUUAUGAUGGAGACAUCGUAGCUUUAACAAUUUACUUUCCAAGGGCUUCUACUGAUCAAUUGUGGUGCUUUCACACUAAUGGACACAAUAUUUAUCACAGGAGAGUGUGUAUAGACUGUUCUGGACUUGACAGAAACGAAAAUGUCGAGGUUGUCUUCACAUCGAACGAGAGGAUAAUAAAUUGUCUGAGGCCUCGUGGGGAUGGGAUUCUGAUGCUCUCAGAUGGUCAAUUGACGGAGUUUGAGAUAAUGAAGAUGGGGAGGGACGGGGAGAAGAGGGAGUUUAAUACUCUGAAGGAGGAUAUGAUCAGGAAUACGAAUAUCAUUGUUGAUAAGAUUUGCGAGAGGGCGAAGGAGCUGGAACUGGUGAACAAGGGGAUUGCUGUGGCCCAGGGCAGAUUGGAGAGGAUCAGUGCUUAUGCCCAUAAGCAGAAGACUCAGUACUCCCCAGCUGUGAGGAUCUUGAGGGUAGGGGGGAGACAAUAUCUGGAGGUCAAGCUGGAGGGACUGCCUCUGGACAGCCAGGUAUUCGUUAAUGUUGUCAUUGAGAGUCAGAGACUGUUCGCUUCGAAGGUGGUUUGCGAUCGUGUGACGACUCUGGAGGUUCCUCUGGAGAUUGGAAAUCUGGGGGAAGUGGAGAAGUUCGAUGUGAGGAUUGACCUGGUGGCGGCUCAGUGUGAAACUCAAUUGUGGUGCAUUUUGAAUAAUUAUGGUGUGGAUUCUAGUAAAGUUCUGGGGGGCGAGGGCUCUUGUAGGGCGGCUACGGACAGGGAGAACUUGCUGACUGCUAAACUUAGUACUUUGAGGAGUUUGAUGGAGAAGAAGAGUGUUGAUGAUGUCAAGUUGAGGUAUAUUAAGAAGAGUAUUAGGAAGGAAAUGAGAGACUGAUGUUUGUUGGUUUUUCGCAAAAGGUUUUUGUAACAGAUUCUUCCAGUUUAUCAAUUGCGGUGCUUUCAUACUGACGGACACAAUAUUUAUCACAGAAAAGUAUAGUAGUAGGUUUUGUAACGAAUUCGUUCAGUUCAUACGUUAUAAAAAUGGAUUUAUAAACAGAAAUGUCUUGAAUUUCUCGAUGAUUUUGUUACGUUCAUGGGACUCUUGGUGAUGGGGGGGAGGAACCAUCUGGAGAUUGGACUAGAGGGACUAUCUCAAGUAUUUGUUAAUGUUAUGUGACGACUCUCAAAGUUUUUCUGGAGAUUAGGAAUCUGGGGGAAAUGCAGAAGUUCGAUGUGAGGAUUGACCUGAUGGCGACGCAGUGUGAAACUCAAUUGUAGUGCAUUUUGAAUAAUUAUGGUGUGGAUUCUAGUAAAGUUCUGGGGGGCGAGGGCUCUUGUAGGGCGGCUACGGACAUGGAGAACUUGCUGACUGCUAAACUUAGUACUUUGAAGAGUUUGAUUGAGACGAAGAAUAUUGUUGUUGUGAAGUUGAGGUAUAUUAAGAAGAGUAUUAAAAAGGAGAUGUGGGACUGAUGUUUGUUGGGUUUUUGUACGAGGUUUUGCAACAGAUUCUUUCAGUUUAUACGUUACUUUGAUUAUAUAAAUGGAUUUAUAUACAGAA